AUGCUCCUCAAGCUCGCGGACCUCCUCGAGGAGGCGGCGCCCGAGCUCGCCAAGCUCGAGAGCCUCGACAACGGCAAGCCCGAGCACAUCGCCCGCGACGUCGACAUCGCGCAGUGCGUCAACAACUACCGCUACUUCGCCGGCUGGGCCGACAAGAUCACGGGCAAGACCAUCCCGACGACCCAGGGCACGGCGGACACCUUCGCCUUCACGACGCGCGAGCCCGUGGGCGUCGUCGGCGCCGUCAUCCCCUGGAACUUCCCCCUGCUCAUGCAGUGCUGGAAGCUCGCGCCGGCCCUCGCGGCGGGCAACACCGUCGUCAUGAAGCUCAGCGAGAAGACGCCCCUCAGCGGCAUGAAGUUCAUGGAGCUCGUCGAGGAGGCGGGCUUCCCCGCGGGCGUCGUCAACAUGCUCAACGGCCCCGGCGCGACGGGCGAGGUCCUCGCGCGCCACGGCGACGUCGACAAGAUCGCGUUCACGGGCUCGUCCGCCGUCGGCCACAAGAUCGCGUCCGCCGCGUCGGAGACGAACCUCAAGCGCGUGAGCCUCGAGCUCGGCGGCAAGUCGCCCCUCAUCAUCCACAAGGACGCGGACCUCGACCAGGCCCUCAUCUCGGCCCACGUCGGCCUCUUCCUCAACAUGGGCCAGUGCUGCGUCGCCUCGUCGCGCAUCUACGUCCACGAGGACGUCCACGACGAGUUCGUCGAGAAGAUCGUCGCCCUCGCGUCCCGCCUCCGCUCCCAGGGCGACCUCACGUCCGAGACGGACGUCGAGAUCCUCGACCUCGGGCCGCAGGUCGACAAGACGCAGUUCGACAAGAUCAUGGCCUACAUCGAGGCGGGCAAGGCCGAGGGCGCCAAGUGCGAGAUCGGCGGCAAGCGCCUCGGCGAGACGGGCUACUACGUCGCGCCGACCAUCUUCUCCAACGUCACCGACGACAUGACCAUCGCCCGCGAGGAGAUCUUCGGCCCCGUGAUGCAGCUGCUCAAGUACAGCGACCUCGACGACGCCAUCGCGCGCGCCAACGACACGCAGUACGGCCUCGCCGCGGGCGUCUGCACGCGCGACGCGGGCACGGCCAUGUACGCCGCCAAGGAGCUCCAGGCGGGCACGGUCUGGGUCAACUGCUACGACAACUUCGACGUCGCCGUGCCCUUCGGCGGCUACAAGGAGUCGGGCUGGGGCCGCGACAAGGGCGAGUACGCGCUCGACAACUACACGGAGACGAAGGCCAUCAUGAUGCCCAUCGACCGCAAGGCCUAG